CAUCCUCUCCUCUCCUGUAGAGUUCUGGCUCUGGUAGGCUCUCCGCUCUCGUGACUUCGGUGAGAUCACAAGAACACAGCCCGAGACUUCACCAGUUCAACACAACACUGGGCUUGUGUGGUCUUCUCUCUCCCGCGCACCACGGGCUCCGUCUCCGCCGCUCGUGCUAUCCUGUCAGAUCCUAAGAAAUGGCGGCGGCAGCAAUCGCAGCCCUAUCCUUCGCUUCAGUUCCUUGCAGAGAGCAUCAGCUUCGACACGGAGCCAGUACCUUCAAUGCGCAACAAUUCAGUGCUUCCAGCUCCCACCGGCACACCGCCAAUCUGAAAUCGGGAGGACCAAGAAGACUACGCGCCGCGAAGCGUGUCAUCGUCGCGCAGGCCGGCACCGGCAGGUACAAGGUGGCCAUCCUCGGCGCGGCGGGUGAUAUCGGGCAGCCGCUCUCGCUCCUGAUCAAGAUGUCCCCGCUCGUCUCGGCGCUUCACCUGUACGACAUCGCCAACGUCAAGGGGAUCACCGCCGACCUCAGCCACUGCAACACUCCCGCGGAGGUCGCCGGCUUCACCGGCAAGGACGAGCUCCCCAGCAGCCUGGCCGGCGCGGACGUGGUGGUCAUCCCCGCCGGCGUGCCCCGGAAGCCCGGCAUGACGCGGGACGACCUGUUCAGCGUCAACGCCGGCAUCGUGAAGGAGCUCGCGGAGGCGGUGGCGGAGCACGCGCCGGGCGCGCUGGUCCACAUCAUCAGCAACCCGGUGAACUCCACGGUCCCGAUCGCGGCCGAGGUACUGAAGCAGAAGGGUGCGUACGACCCGCGGAAGCUGUUCGGCGUCACGACCCUGGACGUGGUGCGCGCCAACGCGUUCGUCGCGGCGAGGAAGGGCCUCCCGCUGGCCGACGUCGACGUGCCGGUCGUCGGCGGCCACUCGGGGGCCACCAUCCUGCCGCUGCUGUCGAAGGCGCGGCCCAAGGUGCCGUUCACGGACGAGGAGGUGGAGGAGCUCACGGCGAGGGUCCAGAACGCCGGCACCGAGGUGGUGGAGGCCAAGGCCGGCGCCGGGUCCGCGACGCUGUCGAUGGCGUACGCGGCGGCGCGGUUCGUGGAGGCGUCGCUGCGGGGGCUCGACGGCGACGGCGACGUGUACGAGUGCGCGUACGUGCAGUCCCAGGUGGUGCCGGAGCUCCCGUUCUUCGCGUCCAGAGUGAAGCUCGGGAGGGAAGGGAUGGAGGAGGUGGUGGCGUCGGAGCUCAGGGGGCUCUCGGAGUACGAGGCGCGCGCGCUGGAGGCGCUCAAGCCGCAGCUCAAGGCCAGCAUCGACAAGGGCGUCGCCUACGUGCAGCAGCAGCAGGAGGCCGCGUUAAAUUGAACCUGCUUAUUGACUGCCGUUUUGUGUCAGGUCUCUGGGUGCUUGGCUUGGCUGUGCCGGUUUUGUAGCACUGCACAGUGCACACCCAACAUUCUUUUCUACUGGAGGUUGGACGGAACAGUGAAAAGAAUUCUGAUUACACUGAACACUGUCACGAAACUGCAACCCGGUUCAGUUUCAGGUGCAUCACACACAUAACUUUACAACCAAAUUCUUUUGA